UGUCCGGGACAACCUGCUACGGAGUUGAGGCUGUUUUGGAAACUUUAGUCAUUUAUUUUAAUAUUUUAUAGCCUUGUUUUAACGAGUUUAUUAAUCUACAUUAAGACGUAAUUAACCAUUUUAGCAGAUGAUCUUUUAAGAUGAAUCCCCAAGCUGAUCCUGCUGAGGACGCACUCCUCCAACAUCCCUGGCUUCCUGUCACCAUCGACGGCGUCCAGCUCCUGUCUAAGCCCUGGUUCGGAGAGACGGCGUACCGUAUCCUGCUGACCGACAUGCAGAGCGUCUGGGAGGAGAAGAUCGAAGCGGCGGCCGUAGAGAAACGAUCGCAGGAGCUGAACCGGCGUCUGCGAGCGUCCGCCGCGGCAUUCUUCUCCCACCUGUGUGAGGUGGCGCAGCCCUGCCUGUCAGGAGGUCAACAAACCGGUGGUGAGGUCCAGAUGUCUGUGAACCGCCAGCAGGAUGGAGACCUGACCCUGAGGCUGAAGAGCGAGCUGGCGGGGCUUCCUUUCUACUGGGAGUUCCGCUGCAGCCCUGCUCCUGUUGCUCUGGUGUGCGCCCACCUGGUGCGCCCCCUGUUGGCCAUGAGCCGCCUGCUGCAGAGCCACGUGGAGCAGCUGGAGGAUCUGCUGUUCAGGAAGGACGAAGAGAUUCAGGACUACCAGGAGAACGGAGCCACGCUCAGCAGAGGUACAGAGCACGACGACAGGAGCGUUCCCGUGUUCAGCGUUCCGUGUUCAGCGUUCCGUGUUCAGCGUUACGUGUUCAGCGUUAUCGUUCCGUGUUCAGCGUUCCGUGUUCAGCGUUCCGUGUUUAGCGUUCCCGUGUUUAGCGUUCCCGUGUUCAGCGUUACCGUUCCCGUGUUCAGCGUUCCCGUGUUCAGCGUUCCGUGUUCAGCGUUCCGUGUUCAGCGUUACGAGUUCAGCGUUCCCGUGUUCAGCGUUCCCGUGUUCAGCGUUCCGUGUUCAGCGUUCCGUGUUCAGCGUUACGAGUUCAGCGUUCCAGUGUUCAGCGUUCCAUGUUUAUUUUAG